CUGUAUAUACACUAUCAUCCUCCCCAAACACAACUCGCUCCUGCUGACUGCUUUAACAGCCCUGCGCCAACUCCUCCGGCUUUACAAACAUGAUAAGGCUGAAGCUGCAAGCACUCUCCCAGCUCUCUGCAGCCAGAAUGGAGGAGACGUCACAGCAGGAGAAAAUACAAGGAGCUGAGGAAAAAAUCCAGAAUGAGGAGGAAGGAGGGAUCCGCCGGCGACUGCGAGACAGAGAGCUUCUCAGGAAGAGAAAAGCUGAAGCAGAGGAGAAGGAAACUAACCAGUGGGUUUUUGGGGUGGAGAGCCAGAGGAAAAGGUCAAAGGCCGAAAACAAGAGCGGAGCAAAGAGGAGAGGGAGGCCCCGGAAGACUGAGCCCGUCCCACAGUUUCCAGUGGUUCAGGAGGAGGCAGGGGACCCUGCGGUGUUGGUGGUGCCUGUGUCUGCUGAGGUCGUCUCAGGUCAAAUACUGAGCUCUCAGACCACCGUAAUGGCUGUGGAGCCACAGCAAGCUCCAGAUGUAGAUGCACCUGCUCCUGUUCCGGUUUUCGGACUGCUUCAAAACUCCGGUUUUGGGAAGAUAGAUGUAGAUUCUGCUCCCGCUCCUGUACAGGACUCAGUUCCAGUCCCAGUGAGAGCUUCCUAUCCUGCUCAGGUCGCAGCACAAGCUCCAUAUGCCGCUCCAGGUCCGGUGCAAGCCACCAGUGCUCCUUCCAUCCCGGCUCAAGCUCCAUAUGCCGCUCCAGAUCCACUGCAGGCCUCAAGUGCUGCUUCUUAUGCAGUCCCAAUCCCAGUUCAAGCUCCUAAUGAUGUUCCAGUCCAGUUUCAAGCUCCUAAAGAUGUUCUCAAUGACGUUCAAGCUCCUGAAGACGUCCAAGUUCCUGAUGCUCCUGCAAUCCGAGGUCCAUCCCAACAAUCUGCUCCAGAUGAAACUCCUGCUCCUCCCCGGAUGGAAACUUUCUACUCAGAGUCACAAAGCAGAGAGACCUUCCAGCAGGUUUUUAUCGAGGAUCUGGGGCCUGAUGAUGAGGAAGACUUCUCUCCUUCACAAAACAACAGAGCAGAUGAGGGUUUAUAUGAAACACCUGCAAUGAACGCGGCUGAACAAAACAAAAUGUACUCGGUUCCAACGCUGUCCAGUCCUCCUCUGCCUCAGGAAUAUCUUCCAGGAAAUCAGUUGUAAACAUUCCUGUUUGGAUGUCACUUCGGUCUAGAUCAAACUCAAAACGUAUUUUUUAGGUCACACUGUGUGUCUGAAGCUUAGUUGGGUCAGUGUGCAUUCUCUUAUUGAGGUGAGCCAGUUAUUGCCUAUUUGAAAAAUGCUUGAAUGCAAACCAGACCUGCAUGGUUUAUUUAUUCUGACAUAUGCCUUACAGCGAGCUCUGUGCAAAUUUGACUUUUUUUUUUUUUUACUUUGCAUUGCUUAGCUUAAUUUUACUUUCUUUAUUUAAGUGGGGUUAACCAGUAAUUGUACUAAAUGUUGUAUUUGUAAAACAGGAGUGCAGACUUAGGCACACCUCAGAGGGACUAAAGCUGAUGUUUGUAAAGUCUUUCAUCUGAUUUUGUAAAAAAUAGAAUAAAUCUUAUCGC